AACAAUACUGGUCAGACUAAUGAGACAAACCUUUAUCUUGAUCUGAAUGCAGAACCAGCAUGGAUACAAGGAUAUACUGGAAAUGGAAUAUUAGUUGGUGUCGUGGAUGAUGGAGUACAACAUACUCAUACUGACCUAAGGAAUAACUAUGUGUCAGCUUAUAGUUAUGAUUUUAACUAUAAUGUUAGUGACCCAUCUCCUGUUGGAACAGAUUCCCAUGGAACUGCUUGUGCUGGUGAAAUUGUCAUGAGACGUGAUAAUAAUGUUUGUGGAGUAGGUGUAGCUUAUGAUGCCUCUAUGGCAG